GGAAUUUUGUGAUAGUGUGGCGGAAAGGGGCGUCCCUUUUAAGCGCCGGCCAGCAGAUGAUUUCGCGCGACACCCGCUUCUCUUUAACCGGCUACAACUUGCAAAUUAGGGAGAUAAAACACCUGGACCAGGGCGACUAUACGUGUCAAAUAGGCGACGGCUCUUCCGGGGAUUUAAUCCACACCAUUGAAAUACUCAUGCCACCCAGCGUCCAAAUCAUCCCCCAAACAGGUCAAGUUACCACGAGAAAAGGCGGCCCGGUUAGUUUUGAGUGCCGCGCUUCGGGCAAUCCAACCCCCGUGGUGCAAUGGUCCAAAAAGGAGGGGUUGUUACCAUCGGGGAUGCAAGUUCAAACCGGGUAUUUGCUGUCUCUCGUCGAUGUCCAACGCCAACACGCCGGAACUUACCAGUGCAUUGCUUCGAAUGGAAUCGGACAACCCGCAACGGGGGAUGUUAAGUUACACGUUUUAUACCCACCUGAAGUGACAGUUUUGAGAUCGUGGGUUAAUUCUGGGGAAGGUUUAGAGGCGAAAUUAGAUUGCUUAGUUCACGCGGAUCCCCCAGCUGAGGUGAGUUAACCUUCUUUAUUUUAGACAGGAACAAAAAAUAA